UACCUAUAGUGAAUUACAUUAUGAAUCAACCUAUGAACCCGGUUGUGAAUCAACCUUUAAGACCUCAGAAUGCCGAUAUUCACGUAGAUUUUAAUAAUCUUACUGCCAACCAAAAAUAUGAAGAUUUAACUAAAGGUGCAAAUCCGUUUGCCAAAGUGCAAAGAACAAGAAAUCAAGAAAUUCUUCCAUUCCAGACUAUUAUUUUUUCAGGAUCUUCUUUUUAA